AGAGUGAGAGGAGAGGGAGAGGGAGAGAGAGAGAGAGCACGGCACGCUCACGGCAGAAGACACCGCGGUCAUCAUGAACCUCUGUACGGAAACGACGACGUGAUGCUCGCGCGUGCUGCUUUUUAGAAUUAUUAUUUCUUUUCCAUUUUGCCGCAUCGCGUGAGUUUGACUCAUAACGCGCCCGGAAUUUUUUUUUUUUUUUUUUUUUUUGCAUUUCUCAUCCUCUCCGUGUAUUAAUCAGGUGAAUAUUUGCUGAACGCGCACCUGUGCUGUCAUGAUGUGUACACCGGCCCUGGUGCUGGUGCUCCUCCUCGGCUGCUGCAGCUCGUGCAGCGGUUCGGCUCCCGGAGCUGCUCCUGCCGCCGCGGCAUCGUUAGAUUUCGGCUCGGUGCCUGGAGGAGUUUAUGAAACCGUCGCGUAUUACGAGCCCGGCCCGAUCGGCCUGCUGUUCAAUAUGAUGCGUGCUUUCCUGCACGUGGUCCAGCCGAACCCGUUUCCACAAGAUCUCGUCAUCCAAGUGGCAAAGGACAAGUUCGGAGCCAUCAAGUCUGAGUACCAGAAGCCAGAGAACAUUGUUCUGACACUGCAGGUGAUUUACUAUGAGCUGGGCUUUGUGGUGUGUGCGAUCAUGGGGAUUCUCUUCAUUGUGCUCGUGCCACUGGUUGGAUUGCUCUUCUGCAUGUGCCGCUGCUGCGAUAACUGCGGAGGAGAGAUGCACCAGAGACAAAGGAAAAACGCAGACUGCCAGAGAGGACUGCUUACCACGCUUCUCCUCACCACCACCUUCAUCAUCACCGCUGGGGUCCUGUGUGCAUAUGCAGCCAAUCAGAACCUGAGUUCUCAGUUGAAGACCAUGAGGAGGCUCGUCAACAGUAACCUGAAAGACUUGUACACCUUUGCUAAUAACACACCGGUGCAAAUCGAUCACCUGAUCUCUCAGUAUGGAACCGCGAAGAACCAGGUGCUCUGUGAUCUAGACAAUGUAGGUCAGUUGCUGGGUGGAAGGAUACAUGAAGAGCUGGGAAAAGUGGUGCUACCUGCCCUGGAUGAGGCAAAGAACAUGGCUGGAGUGAUUCAGGACACGAAGCAGGCUCUGGAGGACGUGACUGUGACGUUGGGGAUUCUGCAGGAGGGCACAGCGCAGCUACAGUCUAACCUGAACAAGGUCCGAUUGAACAUCUCGAACACCCUCGAUGACCCAGUGUGCACCAGAUCACCAGAACCAGUGACUCGCGUCUGCAUCAACAUCCAUAACUCGCUCAGCCAACUGGAGAUCGACGCAAACUACUCAUCGCUGCCUGGUGUGAGCGAGCAGUUGGACAAAGUGAACGACGUUUUGAAGACCAACCUCAGCAGAAAAAUUCACAAGGGGUAUUUAGCCUUCAAUGACACCCCGACGAUGGUAACAAACCAGACCAAAAACAUAGCUGAAGGAGUCCGAGGUUUGUUGGAUGGGGUCGGCAACAACAUCACCAGAUUCUCCAAACUGUUUCCGGUGCAGACUACAGUCAACAACGUCACCAAUUACAUCAGGCACACACACUCACAGAUCGAGGAUCUUUACCCAGAGAUCGACAAAAUGGACUUCUAUAGGUGGAUUGGCUGCAUCACGCUGUGCUGCAUGGUGGCGCUCAUCUUAGCCUUCAACUUCCUGGGCCUCCUGUGUGGAAUCCUGGGAUUUGACAGACACGCCUCUCCUACGACUCGAGGCUGUGUGUCCAACACCGGAGGCAACCUGCUGAUGGCUGGCGUGGGUUUCAGCUUCAUGUUCUCCUGGGUGCUUAUGGGCGUGGUGACGCUGACGUUUGUGGUCGGGGGGAAUGUCGAAAAGCUUGUGUGUGAACCUUUCCAUUCCAGAGAGCUGUUCAAGGUGUUGGACACUCCAAAUCUGGUGAAUCCUUCAUGGAAGCACUUCAUCCCUGGUUACCUGUAUAACGAUCCAGAAGUGGAGCUCACUGUGGAAAACAUUUACAGUAACUGUAAGGAGAACCAUGGGAUCUAUUCUGCCCUCCACCUGGAUAAAGUGUUCAACAUCUCAGCCUUGCUCAACACCAGCUUGUACACGAAGGACGUGUCGAAGAAGCUCGAUGACAUGAAGGUGGAUUUGAAGACGAUCAUUCUGCUGAGUGAAGAAGGCAAGCAGAACCUCAGCAGCUUCAACGAGACCGGCAUUACCAACAUCGACUUCGCAGCUUAUAUAGAAGAGCUCAGUAAAGGAGUGACCCGUGUCGACUUGCUGUCGUUCGCUAAUGACCUGGACGUUCAAGCUGACCAGCUGCCUAAAGGAUCUGUACAGACUUCGGUCAAGAGCCACGCUAACACACUGCGACAGAUCUACUCCAAGCAGGUCAUCCCUCUACAACAGGCCAUGAACACCAUGAACCAGAGCAUCAGGUUUCUGGAGAGGACUGCGACAGAUCUAUCAUUAAAAAUAUCAGAAAUACUUGAAGCCGUUAAUAAGGCGCAGUAUCUCAUCUCGCACAACGCGACUUUUACCAUCAAUCAGGAAAGUGAGAAAUACAAGCAGACCAUCAUCGGCUACUUCAAACAGUACAUCGAAUGGAUCAAGACAUCGCUGAUGAUGGACGUGGCCACGUGCAAACCUCUUAGUAACAUCGUAGACACUGCAGAGAUUCUGGCUUGCGGCUUCUUCUUCGAUUCCAUGAACACAUUCUGGUUCGGUUUGGGUUGCUCCGCUCUCUUCCUCCUGCCCAGCAUCAUCCUGUCUGUGAGACUGGCCAAGUUCUACCGCAGAAUGGACACCGAGGAUGUCUACGACGACAUUGACACAAUUCCCAUGAAAACUAUGGAAAUUGGUAAUAAUGGUUAUUAUAAUGAACAUAUGCAAGGUAUCCAAAACCCUGUAAUGUCAAGCCUCCCCGCCUAUGAUACUAUGACUCGAUUCCCACGAGCCUCGGCACCGCCUCGCCACGGCGACUGGUGACACCAAGGAGGAACCUUUUCAUUUUUUCCUCAUCAGUACUCCACAAAGUGCGGCUGGAAACUGACUGAAACUUUAGACUACCCAACUCAUGAAGUUUAGAGCGGGGGAUGGGAUCGGAAGAAGACGCCCAGACACAACAACAACAACAACAACAACUUGGGCUUCGUCUCCACUUUCCACUCUACACUGAGUUCCCAGUUUAUUAGAAACUAAUAAACUAGCAACUCCAACACUGGAACCUUUAUGAACUUUACUUUCGGAGGAAUUUUUUCACCGGCCUCACAUCGGAUGGUUACAGACGUGGAGUCAGGGACAUAAACAACAUACCACAUUCAGCCACUAUAUACAGUAGACACACUAAUCCUUGUUUACAGUCAUUGUGCAGUCAGGUAAUUUUGUGCAACUUCAACAUUCAUUCAUUCAUACAUUCAGUUUCUCCUGAACAUACCUCUACAGCUUGUCUGAAGGGGGAUGUUUUUUUUCUAUAAGGCAUUAACUACCUGCAGCACUGCUGUUUUAAAGGGACCAUACCGUUUAUGAGCCAACAAUCUUAUAUGUACAUGUAUAUAAACACAUGCUUGUAUAUGUGCUAAUACUGUGGUGAUAAUGCAAUAUGGGAUCGCUGUUGACCCAUGCUGAGGCUGAAUGAAAUGUUGCCUUUAUGUUUAUGGUAUAGUUAACGUCACCCUGAAAUCGUACGUACGACAACGUUCUUCUUUGGCGGUCAAAACGCCGUUCUUGAAAUGUUCAAGAUCCACCAUCUCUAACAUUUUAGAGGAAAUAACAACGAGGCAGUUUUGAUGUAAUUUAGUUUCUUUGAAUGAACAUUUUUAAAGCACUGCCCUCUUUAUGAUACUAACAGAACAAAAGCUCAUGAGCUGGAGUUUGUAGGCCUAGUUAAAGAAAUUUCCACAAAAAUAUAAAUAAACUGAUGCCAAAUCCUAUUUUUGUAGAUCUCAGGUCUCUUAGCUAUUAAAAAUCCUGUUAUGUUGGGGUUUUGUUUUGGGGGGGUGGGGGGUUUUGGGGGGGGGCAAUUUCAAAUGAUCACUGGCAAACUAUCAAUGUGUGAAUGUAAUACGUCACUGUAAAACAAGAAAGAAAACAAAAAGAAACACACAGAAAAAAAUAUGCCUGUGUAAUUUUUGGUGGUACCUGGAGCAAAUUUAAUUCACUGCUCGUUUGUUGCUAGGCCUUCAUAUUCCUGUAUGUGAUAAUAAUAAUAAUAAUAAUAAUAAUGUCAGGUGCUAGAUAUUUUUUGAUCAUAACUGUUCUUUCUGUGAGACUUCUAUAUGAUAUGACAGUGUUAUACAGGCCUUGAAUAAAAUGUUUUUUCGUACACCCCA